GCCAUUUCGGUUUUGUGCUUGCGUUUACAGUUUGGUUGUGGAACACAAGUCAAAAUGGCGAGUUCUAGCGACGAUGAAGAGGCGAACAGCUCGGAGCGAUUUGAUAAUCUCUGUCGUGAUCUUAAUAUGGACGAAGAGACUAGUCAAGAAGCAUGGUCUUCGUAUCAAAAAAUAAGCACGAAUUACACUUUAGAGGGAGACAGUUUACAUUGGCUGGCAUGUGCUUUAUACGUCGCCUGCCGCAAGAGCGUUGUUCCAACGGUCGACAGUUCAGGAACAGUCGAAGGAAAUUGUGUCUCAUUGACGCGGUUGUUGAGAGCGGCGAAAUUGAGCCUCAUUCAGUUUUUCAGUAAAAUGAAGAAAUGGUUGGACAUGUCGAAUGCCGCGGGAGACUUCAGGAAGAAAAUCGAGCUAUUGGAAAGGAACUUUCAUGUGUCUACCGUUAUUUUCAAGAAGUACGAGCCAAUUUUUCUGGAAAUCUUUAAAGAUCCUCGGGAGGAAAACACAAAGACUCAAAGAGGCCGUAAAUCGAGAAAACAACCUUGUUCCGUUGGCGAUGUGUUCGCUUUCUGCUGGACUUUAUACAUUCAGGCGAAAGGCCAUUUCCCUGCUAUCAGUGAUGACUUGGUGAACUCCUAUCACUUACUGUUGUGUUGCUUGGAUCUUUUGUACUCAAACGCUUUGUUCACUAGGAAUCGGCGAGAAUUAUUGAAUCCUAACUUUGAAGGACUCCCUCAAGAUUUUGGAAACAGAGAUUUCAGGGUACCAGCUGAUGUGCCAUGUAUUGUUGAACGGCUGUGCAACAGGCAUCAAGGAAUAGUGUUGGAGGCUAAAGGUAUCAAAGAACAUCACUGGAAGCCGUUCCUAAAGCAACUAUUUGAAAAAAAGACACUGAAAGGGAAUGAGGAAAACCUGACGGGUAUUCUGGAUCAGGGAAAUUUUGAACAAAACUGUAAAUCUGUCAAUAAAGAAUAUGAGGAGUAUGUGCUAUCAGUUGGAGAUUUUGAUGAGAGGAUCUUCCUGGAUGAUGAGGCCCAUGUUGAAAUAGGCACACCAGCAAAGUCUUACACUUUUGCAGAAGUUGACGAGCAACAAAGGAUGGGGCUUAGGAGGAAUUUACAGGAACAUUUUACAAGAACUAGAAGUCUUGCGCCCUCAACUCCCCUGACUGGAAGAAGAUAUUUGAAGGAGAAAGAUCCUAAGGUAACUCCUGUAUCCACAGCAACACAGUCAGUCAGUAGACUGCAGGCUCUCCUGUCAGGGUUGAAGGCAGGGCCAAGUGAUAGGCUCCUGAAAAUAUUCUCUGAGUGCAGUAGAAAUCCUCAAGAAGCCAUUGAGAGUCGAGUUGGAACACUUGGCGAGACCUUCCUCCGGGAAUAUGUUCAGCCAUCGCCUGACAGGCCAAAAUCUCCCUGCUCCACAAGAGAGUUUGCCACAAAGAGGCUGAAACUUGCUGAGAUUCUGUACUUCAAGGUUCUUGAAAGCAUUACUUUACAAGAGCAGAACAGGCUGCAAGGACACCUAGAUUUAACUAGCCUCUUGGAGCGAGAGAACUUGCAUUCUUCCUUGAUGGCCUGUUGUUUGGAAAUCAUUAUCUUUUCUUACAACUCCCAAAGAACUUUUCCAUGGGUGAUUGAAAUCUUUGACAUCAGUCCCUACUGUUUCCUGAAAAUUAUUGAAGUUUUCAUAAAAGCUGAAGAUGGGCUCUCAAGAGAUGUUGUUAAACACCUCAAUCAUAUUGAAGAGCAGAUUCUGGAGUGCCUUGCUUGGAGCCAUGACUCUCCCCUUUGGUCGUCAAUCCAACAAGCUGGUUCUGUUCCAUCAUGUGAAGACGUAUCUCUCCCUUACCAGACAGAAGCUGCGCACAGCACACAAAACCUACUGGCCUCGCCUAUUAUCCACCCUCGUGUUCAAAGAAUUUGUGGAGAGGAAGGAGCUGCUAGAAGAGUGUUGCAGUUGCCCAGCUCUCCAUCAGCCCAUGAUGUGUUCAGUUCACCAAUCACCCCAAGCAGUGGUGCAAGGCGUAAUCUCUUCAGUAGCUCUCCUUCUGCACAGAGUGCUCCACCGGUGACUCUUUCUGCUACAACAAGGCAGGCUGCAGCAAGGAACGCCCCAACAUUGAUUAUUACACCAGCACCAGGUAAUCAGGGUGGCUACAUUGUAAAUGGUGUUGCUCAAGCUGUUGUGUUGCCCAACACCUCAACUACUGUGCAAGUCACAUCGCCUCAGGCUGGGAGUGUUUUGGCUCCCAGCAAUACCAUGGCAUCACCGACGUCAAGUCCUGUCAGGUCAUCAUCAGCACCAACCACACCCAAGUCAAAGGCUCCGACUCCAAGUAAACCAAGAAAGACAGGCUCCUUAGCACUGUUCUUCAGAAAGCUUUAUCAUCUAUCCAGUGUUCGCCUCCGUGAUCUCUGCUCCAAACUUGAUGUCCAGGAGGAUCUCCGUGUAAAGAUGUGGACAUGCUUUGAGCAUACCUUGAUGAACAUGACGGAGUUGAUGAAGGACAGACAUAUUGAUCAGAUAUUGAUGUGUUCAAUUUAUGUCAUGGGCAAGGUUACAAAUGCUGAUCUGUCAUUCCAGAACAUCAUGAAGUGUUAUCGCACUCAGCCUCAGGCUGUUAGCCAUGUUUACAGAAGUGUGCUGCUCAGAGGAAGAAGACAAGUCCCACUUGGUAGCAGUGGAAGUGAGGGUGGAGCAAGAGGUAUCAAAAGUGAGCCCGGUAGUAGUGGACCAGCCAGCCCAGUUCAAGGCUGCAGUAGUGCAAGAGCGAGCCCAGUGAGGAGUGCAAGCACUGUACCUUCUACACCCCCUCCAACUGGUGCUUCAGCUUCUGGAUCCAGCAGCACUGAGAACAGUCCAAAUAUCGACGGUGAAAGAGGAGACCUCAUUGAGUUCUACAACAAGGUGUUCAUCAAAAGGGUGAAAAAUUUUGCUCUCAAGUUCUCGGCUGGAGACAGAGCGUUGGACUCUCCUCCACUUUCUCCAUUGCCUGUGAUGAAAAAUCAGGCACAUUCUCCACGUCGCAAAGUCUCCACCCGACAUCCCGUGUACAUUUCUCCACACAAGAAUGGAGUUUCAAUGACACCAACAACACGACUGUUGUAUUGCUUCAAAGAAAGUCCAGCAGAGAAACUGCGGGAUAUCAACCAGAUGCUGAAGCAAGGUACGGGAGAGACAAGCCAUAAGAGAGCACUGUUGCAGGAUGACCACGGUACUCAUCUUCCUGCUAAAAUUUCACGAUCAGAAGAAGUGUUGCAGCGAAAACUCACCAGCAUGAUUGAGGAACGACAAGCCUCAGCUUCAAGAUAGUGCUGAAAUGAAUUUCUCAAUUGUGAAUCUAUUGCUAAAUUAAUCUUGUGACAUGAAUCAGGUUUAAAACCUUUCUUAACGAUCUCAAGGAUUUAACAGAUAACCACAAAUCAGCACUGCAAUCUUUAAUGUCUUACGAGGGAUCAAGCCAACAAGAAUGAUUCUGUGCUUUUACAGUUGGUAAAUGACUCUGGGUUAUUGGAUUGUUCAGUAGAGCUUUUUGUAUUAUUUUUUGAUUCAGUUCAGGAGAAAUUCUUUCUAGCUUUAAUUUUCAUUUUUGCACUGCAGUUAAUGUCAGUGAAUGAGAGGUUACCCUAUAAUAAUUAUUAUGUUGAUGAAAACUAAGUAAUCAUAUGGUGUAUCUACAAUGUAUCAUGCCGUAUCAUUUUAUGAAAUGGUGUCUACUUAGUCACCUAAAGUGGACCAAUGAUUCAUACCAGAAGCAAACAUUUUUAAUCUUUUAAUAGAUUGAAGGUUCUUUUAACUUAAUAACCUAAGCAGAUUGCAAAACUGGAACCUCUGUAGAUGAAUUUCACCAAAGAAUUUUUAACAAGUUACUUGUUUUUUUGUGGCUAACUUAUGCAUGGGUAGUUUGUGCUAAUAUCCAGUUUAUGACAAAUUUUCGAUGAUUUGUUUUGUCCCUCAUGUAUCUCUCCCAACUUUUGUUUGGUAACUCAAUACUCUCCACACUUGUUGAUGAUUUGGAUCAAAGGGGACAUUCCUACCUGACACAGAUUGUGUUGUGAACAGUUUUCUUUUUUCCUGUUGAUUUAAUUCCACUUGUUUGGAAAAAAAAAUCAGAAAGCUUUCUGUUUCAACUGUUCUUUAAUUUUAUCUCUGUCAGAGGGACAAAAUAUAAAUUGCGUGAAAAAAAAAAUACAGAAUGACACAAAAAUGAACAGCAGUCUUGCUGUAUUAUGUACUUUUCACAAGCAUUUUUUUUCCUCUGUAGGAUGUAGAAGAGUAAAUAUGGGAUGUGUUGCCAGGGUGGGUUGGGUGGGACUCCAGGCACAAGUUAUUGUGUACUGCUCUCCCACCCCACAUACACCCCUAGGCAGCACAUUUUAUUUACUCUUGGACCUGCCAUGCAGGCUUGAGGAUUUAAUUAAACUAGGUGGGCAUGGGUUGUAAAGCAGGUACUACUGCUAACAUUCCUGUCCAAUUUUCAACCCUGAGAAAAAAAUAGAUUAAGCAUUAAUUUAACUUGACGUGUAUCGAAGGAAGUAUUUAUAUUUUAGCAGACUUCAGCUGCAAAGCCUGUUUCCGUUUUAGGGAACUUUUUACUGCUUUUACUGUGUCUAAAGGUAUUGAGGAGGAUGCAUUUGUUCCUGAGGAAAAAAAAUUGUUGAAGCUGAUUGUAAAAAACAAUGAAAUACAUGUUAAAGAAAAGGCUAGGCAAGCAAAACUAAAUGCUAUUGUGGACUGGUUUGAAAAAGGGAUAUUAUCAUCAAUUUUUUAUGAUUCCAACAGUAAAGAGAAAAUGAUUCCUGGAAAGUAGUUUCAAAAAUGACAGAAAUCAUGAUGAUGCAAUUUUUAAUUGCAGUGGAAACAGAUUUCAACUUUAACUCACUAAAAAAAUGUGGCUUUAAAUAGUUUUCAUGGAUACUUUUGAAGUUCUCGAAAGAUGAUCUUGUAGUACGGAUAGUUCCUAUAGAGUUCUGUUGGAAAUCAAUUUUGUCAUUGUGUUAAAAUUUAUUAAGUCUUUCUAUAAUUCAACAAACAGAAUCCUUUGUGCAGUACAUUGUUUUCCUUAGUGAUUGAUGAUAAUGCCCCUUCAAGUUCUCUAAAUUUUAUGGUUUUAUAUCCUUUAUUGUAAACUAACUUCUUCUUCCUCUUCAGUUGUCUUAAGUUCCUAACGUCUUUGUCACCCUAGCCUAAAAAACAUGCUGAUUUUGUAGAUUUAUGAUGAAGGACUUUUGCUUUAAACUGAAUUGCUACAUUAAAGUAAGAGUUUGUCUUUCCAUGUGCCUAUACCAGAGUGGCUCGCUUGGGCUUUGGCCUACAUCUUCAGUUAAAAGUAUAUGUGCGCAUGAGGUUUGAAAUAGCGUUGUAACACUUUUACGACUUUCGGGUUGUGAAAAGGUGAAUACAGCUUUUCAAGAGCAGCUUAGUCAUUUUGUAACAUACAGCUUUACACAACACAUUAUCUGCAUUUGGUAUACUAAUUUAACUGUACUUAUGCUGUCCGUUGCACAAGGUUUCUUAAGCUUAUUACAGAGCCAAGCUCAUUUUGGGUGUUAAAAAACUAGUUUCGUCUAUUUGAUUGUAUUAAAAUAAAUGACAGAAUAAUAAAAGUGAAACUGAAUUCUU